GGGCAGUGGCCCUAUGUGGGCGAUUUUGACAGCAGCAGAGUUGUUUAGCAGACAAACAAGGACGUGUUGAAGGGGCCAAUUCUUUCCGUCCUUGUUCCACCCGAACUCGCACUGACAGCUUCUCAACGCACGGAGGUUUCUGACGGGAUGUCGGCUUCGGAUCGGGCGGUCCAUUGUAAGUUUGAUGAAUGAUCCUCCCCCUGGUCCCGUCCUCCGUCAUGGUCGACAUGGAGAGCCACUGCCGGCCGCCGUCCCCCCUAGAGGAUUCGGUGCUGUGUGGGGACUUCAUUGGGGGCAUGGAGGAGCUGCAGGACAUCUCCCAAUCCAUCGACGGUGACGCCCACAGCUCCUUUGACGUCCCUGAGUACCAGUCCCAGUCGAGUAACGGCUCUGGCUCUGAAGGAUCCACCAUUCUAGAUGCUCUGACCCCAGCCUCCAGCCCAUCGUCGGGGGGGUAUGGGGCGGUUGCAGGGCAGGAAGAGUUCUCCUCCUCCUCGCUCAACCUGGAGUGUCGGGUGUGUGCCGACCGCGCCUCCGGAUACCACUACGGAGUUCACGCCUGUGAGGGCUGCAAGGGUUUCUUUCGGCGGACCAUCCGCCUCAAGCUGGAAUAUGAUAAGUGUGAACGCCGAUGUAAGAUCCUGAAGAAGAACCGGAACAAGUGCCAAUACUGCCGCUUCCAGAAGUGCCUGUCUGUGGGCAUGUCCCACAAUGCGAUCCGUUUUGGUCGGAUGCCCCAGUCAGAGAAGCUGAAGCUGAAGGCAGAGAUCCAGACGGGGGACAGGGAGGUGGAGGACCCCGAGCAGGCCGACCAGAAGACCCUGGCCAGGCACAUCUAUGAGGCCUACCUCAAAAACUUCAACAUGAACAAGGCCAAAGCCCGCACCAUCCUCACCGGAAAGACCAGCACUCCACCAUUUGUCAUCCACGACAUGGAUACCCUUCAGCUGGCAGAGCAGACCCUCGUUGCCAAGAUGGUGGGCCCGGCUGGGGGCCAUCUGCUGGAGAAGGAGGCUGAGGUACGCAUCUUCCACUGCUGCCAGUGCACCUCCGUGGAGACGGUCACAGAGCUGACUGAGUUCGCCAAGUCUGUCCCCGGCUUCUCCAGCCUGGACCUGAACGACCAGGUGACUCUGCUGAAGUAUGGAGUGUACGAGGCGCUGUUCGCCCUGCUGGCCUCAUGUAUGAACAAGGACGGCCUCCUGGUGGCCUACGGAUCGGGCUUUAUCACCAGGGAGUUUCUCAAGAGUCUGAGGAGGCCCUUCAGCGACAUGAUGGAACCCAAGUUCCAGUUCGCCAUGAAGUUCAACGGGCUGGAGCUGGAUGACAGUGACCUGGCCCUGUUUGUGGCCGCCAUCAUCUGCUGCGGAGACCGUCCCGGCCUGGUGAACGUUGGCCACAUUGAGCGCAUGCAGGAGAACAUUGUUCAGGUGCUGCGGCUCCACCUGCUGGCCAACCACCCAGACGACACCUUCCUCUUCCCCAAGCUGCUGCAGAAACUGUCCGACCUCCGGCAGCUGGUCACCGAGCACGCUCAGUUGGUCCAGGAGAUCAAGAAAACAGAGGACAUGUCGCUCCACCCCCUGCUGCAAGAGAUCUACAGAGACAUGUACUGAGAUACUGAGCCCAGAGAGGAGGGUGGGGGCUGGGUCACACACCCACCUCACCCUCCAUUUUGGGGACAUGUACUGAGUCUAGAAAGGAGGUUGCCCUCCAUUUUGGGGACACAUGCGUGAACAGUCUCUCUGAAUAGUCCUACAAUGAAAGGUUUGAACCACUGGACCCCCAGAUGCAGGGUUGCUCAUCUUUCAGACAGGACCGGACAGGACAAUAGGACUAUAUUCUGGGCACCUGUAGUGGGGUCCACUACUCCCACAGGAACCUAUAGGGCCAUAUUACCUGUGUGGACGGGCAAUGUGAAGCUGAAUUGAGUGUCUUGUUCCAGUGUUUGUCCUAACUAGAGAACAUGCAUUGGGCUGGGUUUAGACACCUUUGGCCAACAUCAGAAAGAAAUACACGGCUCAAAUAAUCAAUUGCUUGUUUAGAUAACAGUGGCUGUGUUUAGACAGGCAGCCCAAUUCUGAUAUUUUUUUCACUAAUUGGUCUUUUGACCAAUCAGAUCACCUCUGAAAAAGAUCUGAUAUGAAAAGAUCUGAUGUGACUGGUCAAAAGACCAAUUAGUGGGAAAAAGAUCAGAAUUGGGCUGCCUGUCUAAAUGCAGCAUAUGAUUCAGUCAGACUAUAGCCACCAGAGUCCCUGCUAGAGGGGAUCCCUUUCCUAUACGGUACACACAUCUCUGACCUAAUCAGGCCCUUGAGUGAUGAACAGCAGGACGUAUCGACAGAAUCACCACUCCAGCAGUAUCUUUAUAACUAUGUCAUUUUGUAACGAACUUCAGAGUGAGAGAAAAGAAUGAUAAUGUUGCACAACUAUUUUGCAGUAAAGACACCCAAGCGAAUUCAAUGGCGAAUACAGACUUCAGAUGUGAGUGACUGUGUCUCACAGUAAGGCAGCUUUUCAGCGAUUGGAUGUUCUCCCCCAGUGAGGUUAUGGGGUUGCAUGGUCAAUGAGGUCCUCAUGAGUGUCUGUCUCUCUCGCUGCCGGUGUGUGUAUCUCUCCUAUAUUCAGUUUCCUAAUACAUCACACUGUACCAGGUUACUGUCCCUCAGAUGUGGCUGCAGCGGCUCAAAAUUCAACUCACAGUACAAGUAAAUAUAACAUAUUGCUAAAUUCAUUUUGGGAAACCUCUCCUGUGUGUUUUCAAGCUCUUGCUCCUGCUUAGGCUAUAACUUAUCAUGUCUUAGAAAUUUGAAUUCCUCCGGGGGGAAAAAACGACUUUAGCUAUAAUUGUUCAUUUAACAUUUGCAUAUUUGCUAAUGUUAUCAUGAAUGAGGCUACAGAGUUUCAGAAAGUGCUCCCCCUAUAUCCCACUGAGUUUUUAGUCUUUUGCUCUUUUGGGCAAAGACCCACAGCCUCAGUUGGAGGGACACAUUAUUGGAUGCCACAGGUCUCCAUUGUUCAAACGUCAGUUACUCAUCAGUCAUAUUUCAACCGCGAAUUCACUAUGUGCUUUUUAGUGAUGGUUUUCACAUACCGUGCCCUUCAUCUCAUUUUCCUCUCCUAUCUAGACCAAACUCUAACAUGGAGGCUUUGGUGUGCAUUAUAUUCAUUUUAUAAAACCAAGGUAAAGCUCAAUGAUUACAAAUAUUUUUCAUUUUCAAUACUUUCACAAACAAAAGUAAACAAACUACCGUGUCAAUAGUGUUGCCCCCACCAGUCAGAACAUGGCUCCAUCAGGACAUUUGUUUGUAAGUGGUGUGAUUUCAUUCAAAACAGACUGAUUUCAAAAUUUGGAAAUUACCAAUCAGAAAUUCACUGUGUAAAUGCACCCACAACGCAACACUAAAGCGCACAGUGUGCUUACGAGAUAUGAUAUGAGACUCUUUUAUAAACUGUAAUAUUUGGCACUCCAUCUUGUUUUGUAUACUGGUAUUAAAGGGCUAAUAUGACUUCAAACUAUAUUAAAACCUUAACAAAGGCAGAUUGAGAGCAGAUUUACAGCAUUUUAAGCCAUUAACAAGAUCUCUCUCUCUCUCUCUCUCUCUCUCUCUCUCUCUCUCUCUCUCUCUCUCUCUCUCUCUCUCUGUCUGUCUGUCUGUCUGUCUGUCUGUCUGUCUGUCUGUCUGUCUGUCUGUCUGUCUGUCUGUCUGUCUGUCUGUCUGUGGGUAUUUUGUUACUAUUUACACCUGGUUGUUUUAGUCUAGUAGAGAUUAAAUACUAAAACUGCCUCAUCAAACCAGCCAUCAAUCCUUCACAGAACUGUUGGGAAUGUUUCAAAGACAGAAUGAAAUAAUCCUUCAUGUGUGCAUGCUUUUCUGAUGGAAAGGAUAUACAGUGCGUGUGUGUAUUUUCUGUGAGGGAAUGUAUUUUGUUCUUUGCUUACCGUAGCAAAUUCUCAUGAAUCAAUGUUUUUUGGGGGUGUAAUGGACCUAGCUUCACUCUCUGCACCACGUUGUAUUAAUGCUUUGUACAUAGAUUCAGUGAUUAUGUGAUUGCUUGCCCCAACUAUAACCAGAGGUAUGCAAGAUACUAACUAUUAUUGGGUAUGUUUUGUAUUCCUUUUUGUCUGGUAAAUACUUUUCAAUGUUUUAAAUGGUACAGAAAUGUAGGUAUGUUUUUGAUUAAGCGCUACCUAAUUUGACAAUGUUAUAAUUGAGUUGGAUCAUAUUUUUAUACUAAAGCAUAUAUAUACAUAUAUAUAAACAUAUGUACAUAUAUAUAUAUAUAUAUAUAUAUAUAUAUAUAUAUAUAUAUAUAUAUAUAUAUAUAUAUAUAUAUAUAUAUAUAUAUAAAAAUGAGUAUAUCAGAAAUUUUUCGUUGAAUAACUAGGUUGAAAAAUGCAAUGUAAAUGGAAUAGCUAAGUAUCUGGUGAUACAACCAUAGAUGUGAUUCCCAAUGGGGACAUUCGUUUGGUUAAUUCCCACACUAGAGAGAGUUAACAUGUUCUCUAUGUGCUGUGCUUUGCUGUAGGGAUACUAAAAGCACUCAAAGCAAAUAUCAAGACUUGAACGCAAAACCUUUCAUGGGUAAUUGACACUAUAUUUUCACUCAACAACAUGAUCUGGAUAUAGUAUUUGUCUUGAACAUGCAUAAGUAAAUCAUCAGUGUUAAGACUGGUAAUAAGCUAUCAUGGCACAGAUCCUACAUCAAUACUGCAGGUUUCCUUCUAUGCUAUGGUCUCAGGUGGAAGAUUAGGUAAUAAAGGGGAUGAUUGGGGCGUAAUUUCACUAUUCAGAACAUAAAUGCUCCAUAACUGCCUCAUUAUGUUCUUCAAGCCAAACGGUUUGUUGUUUUUGUGGCCGUACUAUAUCCCUUCUCUGUUUUGAUACAUGUACAGUAUAUAGAACAUUACGCACUCAUAACUUGUCCACAAUGAACAGUGAUUUCAUUACAGCUAAAUGCAGUAAAGAUGCAGUAUAUUGUUUAUUAGAAACUGGGUGUUUCGAGCCCUGAAUGCUGAUUGGCUGAUAUAUCAGACCAUAUACCACGGGUAUGAUGACAAAACAUGUAUUUUUACUGCCCUAAUUACGUUGGUAACCAGUUUAUAAUAGCAAUAAGGCACCUCUGGGGUUUGUGGUAUAUGGCCAAUAUACCACGGCUAAGGGCUGUAUCCAGGCACUCCGCGUUGCGCAUUGGAACAUCUCUUAGCCAUGGUAUAUUGGCCAUAUACCACACCCCCUCUGGCCUUAUUGCUUAAUUAACAUGCUUCCGCUGUAUCACUCGCUGCUGUGUUCUAACUUACUUAAUUAUAAUCAUGCCAUAUGUUAGAUGACUGAAUUUCAAGCUGCCUGUAAUGGCAGUUCUACAAUAUCUAUUGCUCUGGAUUGUCAGACCUCUGCAGAAUGCAACGCUGCUUUAGUCCACUAGAUUCUAGAAUCACAAGGUGAACAGAACACAUUAGGGAUUACACUCAACCCGUGCCUUAACCUAUGACAUACAACACUAGACACAAUCGAGUAAAGUAAAGCUGCCCACAGUUCUGUGUCCCCAGCCAGAAGCUACUGGUAUGGAUAUGAUACUACACAGUACAGGGAUACACAAAGAGAGGAUAUGGCGUCAUGACAGAAUUAGGGAAGGUUUCAAAAUUGUGAUAGGCAGACAGACCAUUGUUGAAUCUGUAGAACAUAACGACUGUUUGGAAUUACAUUCCUCCACAUUAGAGAGGUCGCUCUCUUGCAAUAGUGUAAAUACAAACAAGAUUAUAUAAGGGUUCAAACACUAGAGCAAAAACCCAGAGGAGAAGUUAUGUGAUUGGUAAAUUGAAGAUGUCUGCUACCCUUAAGGAUCUAUAUUGUUUUGUGUUGAAUUGACAAGGGACUUUUGACAAGUAUCAGGGAAAAUAUUGUGUCCCUUAGUUUAUACUAGCUCAGGACAUAGCGAGGUACUGUUCUUCUUUUUUUAUUUUUCAACUGAGUUUAUAGUGCCCUGCCAUACAGCACACAUAUAAUAAUAAUAAUAAUAAUAAUAAAUACAACUCUGCAGAAAUGAUGAGUGCAGAAGAUAUAGGAAAAGGUUUGUAUUUUGUAGUAAAGAGUUGAUGCAGUGUUUUUAUGGCUAGUGUCAUGCAAAGAGACUGGAGACAGUCUUUGGAUGCUUUGUUUAUGUAUACUGUGGCUUGGUAACAAUAAAGUACAUGUUUGAUGAAUGUUUAUCUAGUAAUUUAAACAACAAACAAGUUGACUUUGAAUAGAUUGACAAAUAAAAUUAUUUAAAAAUCCAA